UCUCUCUCUUUUUUUCUUACUUUAUCUAUACCCUCAAUUCAACUCAUUAUGUCAAACAAAUUCAUAAACGAUAUCCAAUCAAUAAGUUAUUCAAAACUAGCAGAAUAUGAUCAAACACGCAUUGAUCUGCCUAUUCGUAAAUACGUUUUAAUCACAAAUCUUCUGCGUGAUCCUUCUUCACCGCCUGCUAUCAUGUCAAAUAUGGAACAACAUUGGUUUGAUGCCUGUAUCAAUCAACUGGAUAAAGAAGAGCAAGAACAGGAAGAAGAGAACCAACAAGAACAAGAACCAGUGAAUACAACUGAACCAGAUAAAAACAAACAAUACACAAACAACAAUAUUCAUUUACAUGCCUUUUAUCAUCUACAUCAUGGAAAUGGAUUCCUUGUAUGCGCUUCAAAAAUUUAAAAAAAAAAACCAAUCCCCCUUUUCAUCUUGUACAGUUCAAACACCCAUUUGUAUUAUUUAUUCAAUAAAAGAAAAAAAAAAGACAUGUCUUUGUUAUGCCAAA